AAUUUAUUAAAAUAAAGUUAAAGAAAAAUGGAAAAUGAACAGAACGAUAAUGUCAACAGGGAUGAAUUGAUAAUGCAACAACAAAGGGACAUCGAAAGAGAGAUAAGUGACACAAUUCCAUUGGUUAGUGAAAAAUUGCCGGUGAACUGUUUAAACGCCGAAUAUAUAGGGGAUGCUGUAUUCACAUCUAAAAUUGAGGAUUUGUCUGCUAAAUAUUCUCAUCUGAGACGUACUCGGCCAGAUGGAAACUGUUUUUUCAGAGCAUUUGCGUAUGCUUAUUUGGAACACCUAAUAUCUAACAAGGAAGACUAUGAUCAGUUUCGACAGUUGGGUGAAAAUUCCAAAGAUAAACUAGUGCAGUUAGGAUUUCCAAGUUUUACGCUGGAGGACUUUCACGAAACUUUUAUGGAAGUUGUUAAACGCGUGGAUCCAUCUACGUCGAAUCCGGAUACUUUAAGUGAACAACUGCACAAGAUAUUCAAUGAUCAAGGAUAUUCCGACUAUGUUGUAGUAUACCUACGCUUACUAACAUCAGGAAAACUUCAAGAAGAGGCCGAUUUUUAUCAAAAUUUUAUUGAAGGCAAUUUCACCAUUGAGGAAUUCCGUCAUCAGGAAGUUGAGCCUAUGUACAAAGAAUCGGACCAUAUUCAUAUCAUAGCCCUAUGUUCAGCUCUUGGUGUAGGUGUGCGAGUGGAAUAUAUGGAUCGAGGUGAAGGUGGUAAUGUAAAAGCUCAUGACUUUCCAGAAGGACAGACGCCAAAAGUAUUUCUAAUUUAUAGACCUGGUCACUACGAUAUUUUAUAUCCUAAAUAAUGUAUGAUUU